UGCUUUAUUACUUAGGGCUGGGAAUAUUAAGCAGCACAAGACACAAGACUGGGAAACAAUGUUUGCCACUGGGCCAGUAAGAAGAGGUUUGGGUUUGAAUAAGAUUUCAUUGAAGCUUUCAAAUCAACAGUUGACCAUCCCAAGUCACAGCAGGCAAAUGCUCCAUCUUUCUAAUGAUUGCAACUACAAAGAUUUUAAAGAUGGCGGCAACAAGACCAAAGUUCCCCGUCAUAGACCCACACGCUUUGAUAAAAAAAUUCUGAUGUGGACUGGCCGAUUCCAAUCAGAGGAAGAAAUUCCAUCAUCAAUUUCAAUAGAAACACUGGCUAGAGCAAGGAACAAAGCACGUAUCAAGGCUUGUUACAUUAUGAUUGGACUCACAAUCAUUGCUUGUUUUGCUGUGAUUGUGUCUGGCAAAAAGGCUGCUGCCCGGCACGAAUCACUAACAAGCCUUAACCUGGCAAAAAAAGCAAAGUGGCGCGAAGAAGCGAAAAAUGAACAGAGACAUGAAACUGAUGAACAUGACACACAAUAAAUAUUCAGAUAAACCUAGAGGGAGACUAUCAAAUGUAUACUUUUACAGAAUGAAGUUGAUCAUUUGGAAAAACCCCUUUAUAUGGCUUUUUUUAAAAAAAUCUAAUGCAAGUCUAUAAAUACUGAGCUAUUUCAUGGUAAGCAAGACUCAGCAGUGCUAGUUGAAAUCAAAUGAAUAUGGAAUCCUGUUAGUUAAUCUUCAGUUUAGGAAAUAGGAUCAUCCUUACAAGACAUGUUCUUUCAAAAGGGUAAAAUAGUUCUUGCCAUGCUGUCUGAAAGAAAUAAUGGCUGUACAGUGUAACAAAAGGUUUAAUAUCUUUUUAACACUGGUCACAACAUUCAUAUUAAAUGACUAAUGACUAAUAGGUGUACAUGUGCAUAAAAACUAGAUGAAGUAUGUCCUCUUUAGCUCCUCGCACCUUCUAAUGAUGAAGAAUUUACCUAAUUAAGUGAAAAUACUUGUUAGGUGGGGCAAACUGCACUAUUGAGAUAUUUUUCACACUGUAGGAGAAAAGCAGCUACAAAGACUGCACAAUUAUCAGUUUUUUGGAGCAGUAAGAGCAACUUAGAUAAUAAAGUAUUUCUAGAUUUUUCUAGGAGGAGGUGGAGCAAGAUUGAGGGGGUUGUAGGUGACCGGACAGCUCUUCUUCAGGGGGGAUCACAAAAAUGCUAAUUACAUCACUGGUAGACAGACAGAAUCCAACAGUGUCUGGCUCAGUGCUUCUAUAUUCUAAAGAGCUGAUUCUAGACAUGUGGAGACAGCGAUUGCAUUUACUGAUAUUAUGAAUUAUGAAAAGCUGAUGCAGUGAUGGCAAACUUGAACAAUGAAAAAGUGAAGACAAUAACUUUUAAUAGAGGUCAAGAUUUGUUUUCCCAUUCACCUUGAAUGCAAACCUGCUUUAUAGACAAAUUUGGCAGUACAGAAUAAAUACUGGUUUACUAUGAAA